CUAAAUACACCCGGAUGGUCUUUUCUGGGUUCUCAACUUGCUUGUAUUGUUUGACAUUGGUUUUCCCCUGUGACUCUGGGAAAUGUGGGUGUGGGGCCUGAACAGUGGCUGCGGUUUAUAGGCUGGAUACCUGCUCUGCGGAGUUUGUGUUUGUGUCCCGAUCCUGUGUGCUCAGACUUGACCAUGUUUGGGCAUGGAGGCUCAAGCCACAAGAGACCAAAAGCUGCUUCCCUGGAGAUGGCUGAGAGGCCAAACUUUCUGCUGCAGCUCUGAAGCCUCUUUUAGGGUGGGGGUAGGAGGCUGGGAAGAAAGAAAUCAUCCACUUGCUGAAGACCUCCAGGGCAGCAGGCAACUAAAUGACUGCUACCCUCAGUGGACAUGGGGAAGAAGCUGGUGAUGGCCCAGAAGCGGGGAGAGACUCGAGCCCUUUGUCUGGGAAUGGCCAUGGUGGUGUGUGCUGUCAUCACCUACUAUAUCCUGGGCACAACUGUACUGCCUCUCUACCAGAAAAGUGUGUGGACCCAGGAAUCCACCUGCCACCUGAUUGAGACCAACAUCAGGGACCAGGAGGAGCUGGAGGGCAAGAAGGUGCCCCAGUAUCCAUGCCUGUGGGUCAACGUAUCAGCUGUGGGCAGGUGGGCUGUACUGUACCACACUGAGGACACUCGGGACCAGAACCAGCAGUGCUCCUACAUCCCAGUCAGCCUGGAAAAUUACCAGAUGGCCCGGGCUGAUGUGGAGAAGGUCAGAGCCAAUUUCCUCCAGCAAAAGGUUUUCUACUGCUUCUCCACGACUCGGGAAAAUGAGACGAGCGUUCUGUACCGGCGCCUCUAUGGGCCCCAAGCCCUCCUUUUCUCCCUCUUCUGGCCCACCUUCCUGCUAACCGGAGGCCUCCUCAUUAUUGCCAUGGUAAAGCUCAACCGUUCUCUCUCCAUCCUGGCGGCCCAGAGGUAGACUGAUCUGUAUCAUGCCCUGUGAGCGUGGGUCACAGAGGACUGGGGAACGAGUUUCAAGACCCCCCUCUGAUGCCAAACUCUGCAAAUGCUCAAGUCCCUGAUAGAAAAUAGCAUCAUAUUUAUAUAUAACCUUUGCACAUUCUCACAUAUGCUUUAAAUCAUCUCUAGAUGAUGUAUAAUACCCAGUACAAUUUAAAUGCUAUAUAAAUAGUUGCAAUACUAUAUUAUUUAGGGACUAAUAAGAAGAAAAAUGUCUGUCUAUGUUCAGCACAGAUGCAAUUUUUUCCCCAAAUAUUUUCAAUCUGCUGUUGAUUGUAUCCACUGUUGUGGAACCUACUGACUACAUACACAGAGUAAUAAAAUAAGCAAAUAAACCAGCGCGUAACAAUGUUAA